UUUUCAUUUGAAGUUAAUCGAAAAUUUAUCUGGAACAAAGACUAUGCCGCUGAAAGUUUGUGUGCGUGAUCUUGAACGUGAGAUUAAAAAUGCAUUUGCUUCCUUGUCACCUAAGCUAAACGAAAACGCUUGAUAGUACAAGUGGGGUCUCUUCUUUUAACUGUCGAGUGAAGAUCUCUUCAACAAGACACCAUGGCUGCCCCUUCUGGCAAUCGACCCCGUUGCUUCUUUGAUGUUAGUAUAGGGGGCGGUGGAGGAGGGCGGAUACUAUUUGAACUCUUCUCAGACAUCUGUCCAAUCACCUGUGAGAAUUUCAGAGCACUUUGCACCGGUGAGAGAGGUAUGGGGAAGACCACCAACAAACCGCUUCACUACCAGGGUAGCACCUUCCAUCGUAUCGUCAAGGAUUUCAUGAUACAGGGAGGUGACUUCAGUGCAGGGACAGGCACUGGAGGAGAAUCUAUCUAUGGGGGAACAUUUGCAGAUGAGAAUUUUGAACUGAAACAUGACCGCCCCUAUUUGCUGUCCAUGGCCAAUCGAGGAAAGGACACGAACGGUUCUCAGUUCUUCUUAACAACCAAGCAAGCUCCUCAUUUGGAUGGUGUCCAUGUUGUGUUUGGCGCAGUGUUGCAAGGUCAGGAUAUAGCGACUCAGAUUGAGAAUCAGAGGACCGAUACAAAGAAUAGACCACUGUCUGACAUCAGGAUCACCAACUGUGGAGAACUGGUGCUUAAAGUCAAACCAAAAGUGGCAGAAUCCAAGAAGAAGAGGGAAGCGGCCAGUUCAGGAUCCGACGUGGCUUCAUCAGAUGAAUCCUCAGAUGGAGACAGUUCUACCACCACCACCGACUCAUCGGAGACGGACAGCGAGGAGGAACGCAGGAAGAGGAAGAAGUAUCGGAGGAAGCUGAGAGAAGCCAAACGGAGGAAGAAAGAGAAGAGAAGGAAAAAGAAGGCAAAGAAGAUGACGAAGGAAGGUCAAGCUGUUGUUUGGGAGACGAAGGAGAUCAAGAGUGAGCUUUCUCAUGUGACCAUCAACCCAGAGGAGAUCCCGGAGAUACCUACCAAUAGGUUUCUCAUGCGGGGUAUGCCAGACAAAGAAAAAGAAGAGGCCACUCAACAGCUUCAGCACCAAAGGUCUGUGGAUGCAUUCGGACGUAAGAUUAAAGGGAGAGGUCAAGUGCGAUAUAGAAUGGGUAACCCUCCCCACUGGCGAGCAGAGAAUCGUAACAAACAACAAGAGAAGGGGCAGGGGGAUUCCUCAGCCGCCCGUUGGGAGAUGGGUGGAGCUUUGAAAGAUGCCAAAGCCAAGAAGAGACGGGAGAGGCCCAGAGAGGAUGAUGAUGAUGAUCAUAAAAGAAGAGAUAAAUACGGAAGAUUUGACAGAGAACAAGACACUGAUUCUGAGAUGGAAGAAGGGGAAGUAGUAUCACAAGAUUCUAUGGAGUCUCGGAAGAAAAAACACAAGUCCAAAAAGCACAAGUCCCAUAAGAGGUGCGACAGUAAGAAAAGUGGAAGAUAUCACAAGAAGUCCUCAUCCCGACAUCGCACCACAGGCGAACUUUAUUCCGACACGGAAGAGGAAGAGGAGGAUCGCCCUGAACGACGCUUGUAUUCACGUUCUCCCGACAGUCGUUCUCGCUCGCGGUCACGCUCUCGCACGUCGGACUCUCGGGACAGGAGUAGGAGUAGGGGGAGGAGCCAGAGUAGGGGCAGGAGUAGGAGCAGAAGUAGAGGGAGAAGCAGAAGUAGGAGUAGAAGUAGAGAUAGGAGCAGGGGCAGGAGGGAUCAUAGAGAAAGCAACAAGGAGUCGUCCCAUUCUUUCUUGGCAUCAAGGUUCUCUAAGACAUCUCACGCCCAUUCAGACAAGUCGGAGAGCCCACUCAUCACCAGUGCUGUCGCCCUGGAAGAUUUCAAGAAGCUGAGUAAACCUGUGGAUGACACUUCAUCGGAAAACGAUAGCCCACCACCAACACACUGGAAGCCUGGUCAGAAACCACUCAACACACGUCCAUCGUAUACCAGUCUAGAUAUCAUGAGCCAAGCACGCAAACAAAUAGAGCAGUCAGGAAGGGGUAGUAAGCUUGUGAAGAAGGCUUCGCCUCCUGCCCUGCUCCACAAGAAAUCUCCUUCACCACCACCAACCGCAGCAUCAUCUAGAAAUGCAAGAUCUGUGAAAGAUGGCAGGCCUUCUGCAGGUGCUGUUGAGCGAAGGCAGAGUGGUGGUCAUCCAUCCUCGAAGGCUAAAGAAUCAUCCACCAACCCAAUUCUAUCUAGGAAGCACUCCCUAAGUCCUCUUCAUGGAAAGAAAGAUGCUAGGUCCUCAGAGUCAUCUCAUAGUUCAUCUUCUACUUACGAUUCAAUUGAUGAGGAAAAGAUGUCUCCAGAGCGAAGAGAAGAAAAGAAGUCGUCAAAUUCCUCUAGGCCGCCUCCUGUCAAGGAGGCCUUCAAGUGGAAUCCACCCUCUGAAGAUGAUGAAGCCAGUCCUAUUAUGAUAGAAAGUGAAGAUGACAAAAAUAUGCCACGUUUCCGCAAAAAGAAAAAAGGGGAGGCUUUGGAUGCCAGCAAUAAGCAGGAGAAGACCAAUGGUAAAAAGGACGGAGAGGAUGAAGGGUCACUUAAGGACAGACUGGAUACUCUGACAUUUCAGAAUGAAAGGAUAAAGCAGUUUGUCUCCACUGUCAAAGAAGAUGGGAAAGAGAAAAUCAAUAAAGAUGUGGAGCCGGAGGUUACCAAAGAGCAAGAUCAACCAAGUAGUGCUUCGGUAGAGAUCCAGUCUCCCAGCUCCUCUAGUUCCAGCAGUGGCUCUGGAAGUAGUGAUUCAGAAGAGGAGACGGAAGGAGACAAGAGAGAUGAUGUGAAGGAGAAUGGUAAUGUGACAAACCAGGAGGCAAAGAAGGAGGAGCAGCCUGUGAAGGAAGAUGGGAAGACUGAAGAGGAGAAAGGGCAAACGGCAUUUCCAAAUCAACAAGUCAAGAUGAUGUGGAAGAGCAGAAAAAGCCACGAGAAGCCGAGUAAUAAGAUGCCGAGUCCUGUCCAUGCAGAACACAAGAGGGCCCCAUCUCCCAGCCCUAGAAGCCCACCCACCAGCAUCCAAGUCAUACACGACAGCCCCAAAACCCCAGACGGCAGCCCCAACCCCCAAACCCGACCCAGCAUCCCUCAUACCCCACCCAGCAAUGUCCAAGCUGAGCCGAGCAAAGCCCAAACCCCAACCAUCAAAUCAAGUUCUCUGGCUAGCAUCACUCAGACGCAACCCAACAAAAGCCACACUCCUUCCAGCGACAAACGUAUUCCAAAACGAAAUGGUGAGCACCGGAGGAGGUACAGUAGAAGUAGAAGCAGAAGUGGCAGAUCCAGUAGCAGAAGCAGCAGGGGAUCGAGAUCAGGAUGUUCAAGGUCACGGAGUGGGUCCAGCUCUCGCAGCAGAAGCAGGAGUCGAAGCAGGGACGAUAGCAGAACCAGACGGAGGCGUUCUAGGUCCGAUUCUAGAGAUAGAGCACGGCACAGGUCACCGAAACGAAGGCAUCGCCACUAUUCCUCUUCUUCAUACUCAUCAUACCGUAGUAGGUCCAGGUCACGUGAUCGCAGUCGCCGUUCUCGUAGUCCUCGUCGAAAAUCAUCCUAUGGCCGUAGCAGAGAUAGGCACAGGAGACGAUCUCGUAGCAGGUCUGACACAAGGUCACGUUCAAGGUCACGCUCACGCUCAAGGUCGCGUUCAAGGUCACCCUAUCGCAGGCGUUCAUCUAGAGGGCGACAUUCCAGGUCCAGGAGCAGGGGAAGAAGGUCUAGAGAGAGUAGCAGACGUCAUUCUGACGGACGCCAUAGGAGUCGUUCCCGUAGCCCGCGUCAGAGUUACAGCAGGAGUCGUAGUCGUAGCAGGCGUAGACACAAGUCUCGCUCACUAUCACGCUCUUUUGACGACCAGGUUUAUGGCAGGCGUCGCAGAUCACGUAGCAGAUCAGUUAGUAGUCGCUAGUGGGGGGAAGGCUGGCUUAGGCUGGGGGUAGAUGUACUUUAAUUAAAUAUGAAAUAUGAAAGUUUUUAUUUUCGUUUUUUUUUCUUCAAUUACUAUUAAAUAUUUCAGAAAAGUGUUUGUCUGGCCUAUGUUCAUGUUUUUCAGCUUCUUUUAUUGAUUUUAAAAUGGUGGAGAAAAGGGUAGCAGAACUUUGUUCCAUUUAGCUACAUUGUAUUUGGUGGUGGUAAGAUGACUAAUGUAAUGUGAAUGGUUGUUGUAUUCUGUUGAUGUUUUGCCUCAAUAAGAAACUGAAAAACAAGGCAGUUGGUUAUUUUGAAUGAAAGUGAACUACAUGAAAAGUGCUAUACUUUUGAUGCUUCCCGUUCAAGAAUUUUAAGAUUAUUUUAAAACUGGACUUUAAGCGAGUUGAUGUGUUGAGAUGCACAUUACAGUGAUAAGAACCUUUAUAAUCUUUCAAAAAGUUUACUCUAAUUAUUUGUAUAAAGACUCAUUUGCUUUAGAAAUCUUUCAGUGAAGAAGACUGUGAACCUAGUACUUGUAUGAGAAAAACAGAAUUAUUAAUGUCUGAUUCGAUGGUUAAUAACUACCAACUUAAAGUACUAUCAUGCUGAAAAUGUGUUUCCAGUUAAAGUAAUGGACACUAAAUGUAAUUUAGAUGAAGACUAGCAUAAAAGAUGACUACAGAUAUUUUCUUCAUUUAUGCAGCAGAAACUUUGCUUACACAGUGCAUCACCACAUUGUUUGCAAGUGAUUUAAUUGGAUCGAAGGCUAAGAGGCAAAAUACAUGUCUUUUUUUUGGGGGGGGGGGAUUUCAGUCUGAUACUUGCCAAGUUGGCUAUGCUUUGCCCCAUUUCUAUUUUAAUACCAGCAUUACAGAAAUGAAAUGUUAGUAAUAUGUUUGUAUGACCUUCGUCAAAGCUUAUAACCCUUCAGAUAGUUCAGACUAAAUGCAGUGUAAUGGUUUUUGUUAAUUUGUUUUCACAUGAACCCACUAUUGUGUUGCCCUUGAAAAGUUAUCAAAUUGAUGGAUUAUGUAACAUAUUCAGUUCGUUUGUAAAAUUGCAGCUUGCACUAUGUAAAAAAGCUUAUGUAUGUACAUGUAUGACGUACAAUUUAAGGCAAAGAUUUGUGUGCAUUUCGUUUUAAUUCCAGAUCCUGUUGGUUGCUUUCUUUCAUUGUUUAAGUAAUUAUGAUUCAGGUGCAAAGAAGUAUGGCAUUUCUUGCAAAGUGUUAUAAUUGUAUAUGUUUGUAGUUCUGUUUGGUAUGGGUCAUGAAGCUUUAUAACGAGUUGUAUAUAUUGGGAAUCGCCUUGAUUAGUUAUAUGGUACAUUUUGGGAAAGUUACUGGCUAUGGUUGUAAAUCUUUGAGCAAAAUUGUAAUGUAAUUGGCAAGAUGAGGUUUAUUUGAGUAAUUUGUGUUUUGUGUUUGAUAUGUCCUACUGUAACUGAAGUGUAGCAUUGGUAAUUCUACAGUGGUUAGACAAAGUAUGAUAUUUAGAAAAAACAUUGUUUGUACAAUCUGGACAAGUUUUCCAGUUAAAGUCACAUUUGCCAAAUUAGGUGAAAGUUUCCUGUAAGUUCCAAGAUGUAUAUGUCCAAUUUAAUUGGAAUGUAGAAGGAUAUUCAUGUUUACAUUGUCAGUAGAGUAGUUCAGUUCAAUUCAGUUUAAUUGCACCUGAAGCAAAGAUAAAUCUCAUCGGGUUUCUGUAGUGUAGAAACAAUGAACUUAAUUAGACCCAAUAUUUUUUUACGAUUCAUGUUAUAAAUUGUUUGUCUUGGGAAGCCCUUGUUUGGUGAAUAAAAUUAGUUUCAACGUCA